AUGUAUAGUGACAUUACUAUUGAGCCUAGUUCAGCAGGCAAGGGUCAGAAAAGACUGGUUAAUAAGCAGGAAUGGGAAAGAGAAAAAGCCAAAAUAAAAAGAUAUUCACGAAAGCGCCUUCCUAAAUUUCCCACGUGUGGUCAUAAAACAAAAAAGCUUCAAUGUUUGUCGCUUACUAUGACCGAAAUAAGGAAAUUAAUUGAAAAGUUUUCUCAUCAGGCAUCCAAAUCAUAUCAAGAUCUGUUUAUAUUGAAACACUGCGUAACGAAUAAACCAAAAAGACCUGGUACCAAAAUAAUAGAAAAUUUUCGAAACAAACCAAAGACAGUUAGUGUGCAGUCCAAAUUUAUCACUACAAAAGGACAAAUUUCUGUUUGUAAAAAGACAUUUGUGGCUAUACUAAGUGUUGAAAAAAUCGAAUUGAAAGAAUACUGAAACAAUAUCACGAGACAGGUGUUUUGCCAAGUGAACGAACAGUUAAAAGUCAAACAGUGUUUUUUUAGACAUAUUUUUGUACGAAAGUACAACAUUGGCUUUGGAUCACCAAAAGUUGAUGUUUGUUCCAAGUGUCUACAAUUUUCGGAGAAAAUAAAAAAAAUCACCGAUCCACAAGAAAAGGUAAAGGUAAUAAUAGAACAGCGCGUACACAAACUACGCAGCAAAGCAUUUUAUGACUUGCUAAGAGAUACAAAUCCCAGAAUUGCAAUAUUUUCGUUUAACUGCUAA